GAGCUCAGCAGCAAUGUCCUCAACCUCCUAUUCCAGUGUUCCAUUCCAUAGCUCCACAAACUCGUCAUCCCGCCCAUACUACUGUUUUGCAAUACCGCUCAUCUGAGGAUCCGCUGUCGUACUCACUUGAUCCCUUCGCACUACUGUACGUACUAGUCGCCACCUUUGUCGCCACAAUGGUGAAGCGCAAACGCCGUCAAACACUCCUGACCACAAGUCCCCCUGUCAUACGGCCGGCUGCUCUGCCAGACGAGCUUCUGAACAUCAUCGUCCUCAUUGCAUGCCAGUGUUCAGACGAUGAGUUCUACUCGUCGGCCUUCGACGUCAAAACGAUACACAGCUUCGCAUUGGUCUCAAAGUCGCUGUACAAUCUCGUGAACCCUUUUCUCUACGCACACGUCCGGCUCACCAAGCCGUCUGACCUUCUUUUAUAUGCCCGAACGGUCUCGACCCAGCCGUCACUUGCAACGUACACCAAGACUCUCUGGAUGGGGCCCGAUGAAGCUCACGCGGAGGUCCAAGAUUGCUGGCCUCUGAACAAGGACUGCACGGCGAUCAAGUCCUCCAUUACCGAGCCCAUGAGACUGCCUCAUGGUGUUCAAGUCGGCACGUGGUGGUUCUUCGCGGCCGAAGGCCCAGAGGCCACCUCGGGAUUGGCUGCAGAGACCAGAGUCAUCAUACAAGAAGCGUGCAGAUCUGUAGGAUUAUUCGUCUUGAAUGGAAGAGUAAGCCUCGAAGGCGGAGGAGAGCCUUCUUUCGACGGGACACAGCAGGUGCAAAUUGAAGCGCGCUUGAAGAUCUACAAAGUACAACAGCGCCUUGACGCAUUUCUGUACGAAGGGCGCCAGGUGGAGGGUGCGUGUCAGCUCCUCGAGUACAGGACAAGCACUCCUCUGCGGAAGUACGAUGCCUUCGAUAGGUUUGACCAUCCCAUGGUGUACGACCGCAGUAAGGAUGUCCCUUGGAAUGACUUUGACCCAUGGAGAUGCUUCCAGCGCGGAGUGGCCUUCGAGGAUGAUGACUUCGGCAUUAAGAUAACCGACGUCAACAACGAACCUGAGGCGUCGGAACAGCCCCAUCAGAGCGAGCAAAUUGAAUACUCACACUGUUCCUUUGAAAGCGAUGAAGAACAGUAUACGAGCGACAAAAGCGAUGAUGACCAGUAUUCGAACGACUCACAUGACAGCGAACAAGAUGAGUAUUUGGAUGGCUCACUUGAGAGCGCCCGAGAUGAGUACUCGAAGUAUUCUCGACUCUGCCUUUACUCAAACCACUGCGGACCCUUCUCCUUCGAUCUCAGCAAGGUGAUCGGCGAUCAAGUGACCACUGGCGAGCCGACUUUAGGAUUUUUAAUAGUCAUAUCUCGCGUGAUCUUGGCGAGAUCACGCAAUCUGCUUUCCCUGGCAGUGACGAGUUACCUGCAGAUGGCCGUUUGCGGCUCAGACGUAGGCCCAUGUCUCGAUCGGCUAUACUCACUGACGGUGGGGCCUCCUGCACGACAGUACCAGAUGCCUCUCAAUCUCACUCACGACGGUCUGAAUAGUGUCAGGAGGCUGCGCUUAUGGGAAACUGCACCGAGCGGAGCAAUCCCCAGACUACUGGAGAGUUCGGAAGCUUUGCCUGCUUUGGAACGAUUGGAGUGCACUUGGAGUGCGCCAUGGGAGAAUCUUUUCGAAAUCGAGGACAUGAUCGAGUUCGAGACUGAUGCCGCCUCCGCCAGUCUAACCUUGUUGCAGUCUUCAGACUUUCGAUGGCCGCCUCGGAGAAAGGCUCUUCAGCUGAAUGUCUGGGCUCAUCGUUCCAGAAUGGAAGCGUCCGAUUCAUCUGAUCUCGAAGUCAUCAUGGACGAACCGCGUCUCGAGCUCAAGGCCCUCCCUUGGGAAGUAAUGGAAUUUCAAGGCUAUCAGCAGCGUCAGCGGCCACGAGCUCUCGCGCGUGUGCGUAAGCAAUGGGAGAAAGAGUGUCAGGAAAUCUUGGCAUUGCAUCCAGAAGAACUUCGCUCGUCUGAGUCCGUGCUUGACUGAAGCACCCUGUGGCCAUCUCUGUCAGUACUUUCGCUGCCAUCGAGAGGCUACUGGGCUUUGGUAUCGGAUUUCGUUGCAAGAAGAUUUCCAAGCUGACGGUUCGGGCACACUGAGG